GCUAUCACUCAGGAGCCACUUGGCGGGCUAUGUCCGCCGACAUUACCGCCCAUCCAACAAGUGAUGCCCAAAGCUGAUUGAUUACAAACUACUUGACACUGAUACAUUGCUGUUGCCCAGUUGUUCUGCUGAAGAGUCGCAGGGAGACCUUUACCCAUGGCCAUGGAGGUACAAGGUGCAGUUGAAACAAUUCCAAACAGGGUAAAGAGAAGGAAGAUGGCUGACACAGAUGCAAACUCAUCCAGACUCGAUACUAAGGAGCCAACCCAACCGGAAGACAACAUGGCAACAGUGCAGCAGAAGCUUAUUACGUCUGUUUCUAGUGAUGGAUCUGAAGCCUCAAGAAAUAAGGUCACUGUUGUAGGUGUGGGCCAGGUUGGGAUGGCCUGUGCUGUUAGCAUUCUUUUAAAGGAGCUAACUGAUGAGAUGGCCUUGGUGGAUGUUCUGGAAGAUAAACUGAAGGGAGAAAUGAUGGAUCUUCUUCAUGGUAGCCUGUUUCUUAAAACUCCAAAGAUUAUAGCUGAUAAAGAUUAUGCAGUAACUGCUAAUUCUCGAGUUGCGGUUGUUACUGCUGGAGCACGUCAGCAAGAGGGUGAGAGCCGACUGAACCUGGUCCAGAGAAAUGUCAACAUCUUUAAAUUCAUCAUACCCCAGAUUGUAAAAUAUAGCCCCAAAUGCACAAUCAUUGUGGUGUCCAAUCCAGUUGAUAUUCUGACAUACGUAACGUGGAAGAUAAGUGGAUUUCCAAAGAACCGUGUGAUUGGCAGCGGCUGUAAUUUGGAUUCUGCCCGAUUCCGUUACCUGAUGGCUGAGAAGCUUGGGCUCCAUCCAGCCAGUUGCCAUGGCUGGGUGCUUGGUGAACAUGGAGAUUCUAGUGUUCCUGUUUGGAGUGGUGUCAAUGUGGCAGGAGUUGGGCUGCAGCUGCUGAACCCUGAUAUUGGAACUGCUCAGGACAAGGAGAACUGGAAAGAUGUGCAUAAACUGGUGGUGGAUAGUGCUUAUGAGGUGAUUAAACUGAAGGGAUACACUAACUGGGCCAUUGGCCUCAGUGUUGCUGAGCUGACUGAAUCCAUUCUGAAGAACCUGAAGCGGGUUCACCCAGUAUCCACCAUGGUGAAGGGCAUGUAUGGCAUACAGGAUGAAGUCUUCCUAAGCCUGCCAUGUGUGCUGAGUGCAGAUGGUCUGACUGAUGUCAUCAACCAAAUUCUGAAAGAUGAUGAGGUAGCCCAACUGAGGAAGAGUGCUGAGACAUUGUGGGCCAUUCAGAAGGAACUGAAGGAUCUGUAAUUUUGAGGCUGACUGCAACACUCCUUUCACUGAAUCUGCAAAGGAACCAGAUGCAGGAAAAUACGAGUAUCUCUGUAAACUCUUGCCCAUGAUUUGUAAUGUCAGGUGUACUCUCAAUGGUUAACUGACCCAACGUACAUAGUUAGCAUUUUAAAAAAUAAAGUAAAAUGUGUACAUUU